AUGCCACCUACUGCUGAUCCGCAAAGCGGAGAAAGUGGCCAGUACAUGAUACACAAUAAGCUUGGAAUGAAUCUGACUAAUAUGAGAAUAACUGCGCCAGGACAGAAGGAGGACUGUUCGAACGAGAGUGGUGUGAAAGUUUGGGUCGGCCCAAUCAUACCAUUAAAGAUGACCGCUAUUCUAAGUCAGUGUGUAUCACUCACGCCAAGUUCUUCCUCACCACGAACUAGAAAUGGUAAGGAGCUGGCGGACGAGCUAUGGAAUCAGCACAUUCUCUCUCCCCACCCGGGUACAGAAAGAAAGUUAAUACCCGGACCGUGGAGGAGGGCUGGAAGGGAAAAGUAUGUGAAAGAGAAUGAACGUGUCGUCAGCACUAAUCUGCUACGUUUAUCCGCCCUGCUGUGUGCAGCAAUCAAGGCGACCCGGUCGAUGGCACCACCCGAUGGCUGA